AUGGCGACCAAGACCGGGUCACUGAAUUACUGGAGGAAUUACUUUCGGACUGCGAAUUCGGAUAUUUUCGAUAUAAUCGACCAUGCGAUCAUGGUGGCGGCUUCUGAUUGCCCAAAGGAGUUCAAAUUGCGGAGGGAUCGAAUAGCAGAGCGGUUGUUUUCAUGUCGAUUGACCCGGUGUUCGGGCUGCGACAAAAUGGAGUUGGCGGUGCCUGGUGGCGAUGGAGAAGAUGACGAUGAUGAUGGAGGGUGUAAAAGUGGGUUUGAUAGAGAUGGAGGUGAAGUUGAGGCUGGUGCUAGUAAAGAGAGCAAGGUCAAUAGCAGUAGAGAUGAUCAGGGAGAGAUGAACAUGAACCAGCUUAGCAAUUACAGCUAUGGAUUAGCUGAGGCUUUGACUGCUGAGAUUGAAGAAGAGUCUGAAAUUGUAGGGGAGGUUUUCAGGAUCAAAGAGAUCUUCAAUAAUUGUGAAGAAGAGUCUGAUACAGUAUUGUUUGAGUCUUUGAGGAAGCUUCAGUUGAUGGCUCUGAAUGUGGAGACUCUCAAGGCAACUGAAAUUGGAAAGGCUGUUAACGGUCUCCGAAAGCAUGGAUCAAAGAAAAUUCGUCAUCUUGCUCGAUCACUUAUCGAUGGGUGGAAAGACAUGGUAGAUGAAUGGGUCAAUGCUACAACAGCUCUUGCCGGCACAGAAGCUAUGUCGGAUUCUGUUGAUCCAUCUUUUGAUGACGAGGAAGGACUACCAUCUCCCCCUUUGGAUGAAGGAGCUUUCUUUGCUACUCAAACGACAUCAAUGGAACUCUCACAGUUCUUUGACGGCAUGGAUGAUUUUGGAAAUCCUCGAAACAACCGUGACAAUGGAAGAAAACCAUCAGUGGAGAAACAAAAUAUUGUAAAGCAGAAACAACAGCCUUCAAAUGAGGCAAAUGUGCUUCCCAAGGAAAGCAAGAAUGAACAAAUGAAGAAACAAGAAGUUGUAAAGCCAAAUAAGCUCUCGAGCACUGACUCUGGGCCUGGCAGACCUCCCAAAGUAAAUAUGGAGCAAAAGGUCAAUAAUGAAACGAAGAUCCAGCAAAAAACAGAUAAGGUUGCCAUUCAAAAGAGGCAACUCACUGGUCAGCAAGAUAAAUUCAAGUGUUCAGAUGAAGUUGCAGUCCAAGUGAAACUUGAAGCCACAAAAAGGAAACUCCAAGAGCGUUAUCAACAAGCUGAGAACGCCAAGAGGCAACGGACGGUACAGGUUAUGGAGUUGCAAGAUCUCCCCAAGCAAGGGCUUGCCCGUAGGAAUCCACAUGGGAAGCCUGGAAACCACAAUCGACAUUGGGCGCAUGGACGGAGAUAA